AAUGGUGCAGAAACUCGAGAACGAGCCGACGUCCGACGACCAGCCGAAGAAUCCACCUUCUCCAAAAAGUCGCCUAGCUGUUCUAAAACGAAACAAGAAACCUAAUGCAGCGUCGGAUCCGUUCCGGUUUCAGGGCAAUGGCGUCACGUACAAGGGAAAAUUGAUUGGCGAACGAGAUGUGGACAGUGCGCGCGGGGAUGCGAUGUGCGCGGAUGCAAUGCGAGCGGCAAAGGCGGCUGUGAAGGCUGCUGGUGCUCAUAAAACACGAAUAAUCCUCCAAAUAAACAUCGAUGGUAUCAAAAUUGUCGACGAGAAGAGUAAUGUGAGCAUUCAUCUGCUUUACUUAUUUCAAAUAUCGGGUUUCAUCAACGAUCUAUCUGCUGUGCUGCAUAACUUCCCGGUGUCAAGGGUGUCAUUUAUUGCUCGCGACACAACCGACGCUAGAGCUUUUGGAAUUGUUUUUGGACAACCUGACAGUAAGUCAGCAUCCUUUUUUCUGUUGUCAGAUCGCUUAAAUGCGAAUAAGUACAAGUUCUACGGAAUCAAGACAGCGCAAACAGCUGACCAAGCAGUUCUUGCAAUCCGUGAUAUGUUCCAGGUUGUAUUUGAAAUGAAGAAAAAACACAUCGAACAAGUCAAGCAGAAGCAAGAGGAGAAUAAGGAGACAACACCAGAAGAUGGCGUAGCCGUAGCAGACCUGUUAGAUUUGGAGACGGAAGUGCAGCAAAUCGAGCAAGGUUUACAUCAACUGGAACAGAUACCGACGAAUACGGAUGCAUUCGGCGCGACUCCGUUCGCCGACCCGUUCCAAGACAACAGUUUCGCUAGCAGUGUUUCAAUGAAUGGAUCAUAUGCAGCUGCAGCCUUGAACGGAGCGGCUCAUAAUCCCCAUCAGUUCCAAACACCGUUUAAUCCUCAACCUCAAGCUGCUGCAUGGCCUCAGGCACCGGUAGUGCCGCCAAUGGUUGCACAUCCACCUUUCCAGCUGCCAGUGCCGCAGCAGGCCGCUGCACCGUUUACGGCAGAUGCUUGGGGUGCACCUCAAUUACAACACACGCAUAGUACUCCAUCAUUUGCUCCUGCUGGAGGAUUUUCUGAAACGAAUCCAUUCGCCGGUGCUGUCACUGCUCCACAACAGUUUGUACCCCCUCGCGAUCCUUUCGACACUCGUAACAUCAUGCAACUACAACCAACUUUGCAUAAUGUUGCUGCUACUCGAAACGUAGACUGGGGAACAAAGGAAAAUGCUGCUCCGCCGUUGCAUCAUGCCAAUUCUUUCACUACUAAUAACUGCUUUGGAGACAACAAUGCACAAAACCAGAAUAAAUGGGAAGAUCGUAAGGUGACAUCAUUGGAGGACGCUUUCACAAAACUUGUAGACAUGAACGCUCUAGUUUCUCGGCCGGCUAAUGAUACAAAGAAGAAUCCGUUUGAACACAUUCUGAAUCCGCCUAAGGUUCGUUUUUGUGUCUCUCUGUUCCAAGUUGCUGCAAAUUUAAAAAAGUGUCAUGCUUCACUGAACGCCCUUGGCGCAGUUCCGAUGCGUCCUGCUCCAGUUGUUAUGGCUAACCAUGCAGAUCCAUUUGGUGACGACUUUUUCCGUUAA